AUGGGAGGUCGAUCAAGUAAGAUACCUAGUAGUAGUGAUGUUCCAACACCCAUCAAAAUGGGUACCUAUUCUCUCUAUGCGGCUGAUUUAAGUUCUUAUGAAGCGGCAUGUGUUGAAGAUCCAAACUUGCAGUCCCUUGAUGCUACCAUUCAGGAGCGCACCAACAGGGUGAUCACCUCACUUGCUAAUGGGAUUGAAGUUCGUUCCAUAUCCAUUGAGUCACUAGGGGAAGUGACUGGUAGUUUGCUUGAAAUGAAUCAGGAUGUUGCCAAAGUCAUUCUAGAAUGCAAGCAAGAUAUAUGGAAUAAAAAGGACAUGGAGUUGUUUUCUUUGGUUGAGGAAUUUUUUGAAAAUAGCCACCAGACAUUGAAUUUCUGCAAUGCUCUUGAUAAAUGCUUGAACCGAGCGCGUGAAAGGCAUGUUAUGGUGAAGUCUGCAAUUACUUGUUUUGAGGAAGAGGUGCAAAAUGGGGUUGACGGGUCCACUUAUUUGAAGACAUUGCAAGAGCUUAAGGGUUUCAAGGAAGCCGGGGACCCCUUCACAGAAGAGUUUUAUUCCUUGUUUCAAUCAGUUUAUGAAAAGCAAGCAUCAAUGCUGAAGAAACUGCAAAUCAGAAAGCAAAAGCUUGAUAGGAAAUUGAAGUCCCUCAAGACACUAAAGAGGGUAUCGAAUGCCAUUUUUGUUGCUGCUUUUGUGUCAGUUUUAAUUUUCUCAGUGGUGGCAGCUGCGAUUGCUGCGCCACCUGUUGUAACUGCUCUGGCUAGUGCUUUGACUGUUCCUGUAGGCUCAGUGGGGAAAUGGUGUAACUCACUUUUUAAGCGAUAUGAGGCAGCGUUGAAGGGCCAAAGAGAAUUAAUCAGUUCUAUGCAGUUUGGUAGUUACAUAACAUUGGUUGACUUGAGCAACAUUCGGGUGCGCAUUGACCAAUUGGAAAUAAAGAUUGAAUCCAUGUUGCAGAGUGCUGAUUUUGCUCUGAGAAAUGAGGAGGGUGUAAGGUUUGCGAUUGAUGAGAUUAAGAAGAAUAUAGACGCUUUUGCAGAGACCAUUGAGGCUUUGAGUAAGCAAGCUGAUGAAUGUAGUCGGCAGAUAAGGAGAGCAAGGACAGUGAUUCUGAAAAAGAUUAUUAAUUACUCUAGUUGA